CAACGUUGUUUUGAGACAAUGUUUUUGUGUAGUUUUCUAUGUGAAAAUAACGUAGAUUCCUAACAAGAUUUUCUAUUUAAAGUUGUUUAAAAGUGUUCUAAAAGUAUAGUUCUACUUAAAUUGUAUAUUUUAACUUGUUAAAAUUAUCUACUAAAAUAAUAUAACAAUGGAAGACGGGGAUGAAAGUUUACAUCGUUUAGCAGGCACGUCUGGUGAUGCACCAGGGGGCUUAAUAAUUAAAAAGAAAGACAAACCGCAGGAAUUUCAAUUUGCCAAGCCUUCCUUGUUAGGGUUAGACAAACUUGCAGCGGCAAAAAGGAAGCAAAACAGAUUAAUAUCGUUCCAAACAGAGGAGAACGAAUCGGAAGAAAGUGAAGACUCAAGCGACUCAACAGGUGUUAAGGGACGUAAAUAUAGAAAGCACAAUGAGGAAACCCCAACAUAUACAGGUGGAUUAUCUGAACAAGCACGAGAACGGAUGCUGGAACGUUUACAAAAAAAAGAAAGAGAAACUAAAGAAAAGGGUGUCCACUAUUCAACAAAAGAGGAACAGAAAUUGAGAUCAAGAGAUGAUGAUGAUCGCUCCUAUUCGAACCGCUAUGAUAGAAGAGAUCGUGACAGAGACAGGAGAAGAGAUGAAGACUAUAGGAAAGGCAAAAAUAGAGAUAGGGACUCUGACAGGAGAGAGAAGGAUAGAGAUAGAAGAGACUCAGAAAGGGGUAGUUCAAGACGAAGUUAUUAUGAACCAAGAUUCAAAGAUGAACCUAGAACUCCAAAUCUUAAAGUCCUCAAACCAACGGAUAAAACAGCAUGGGAUGAUGAUGAUGAUGACCCGAAAGGUGCAGUCAGGAAAUCCAGUUGGGACUUCCCUACACCGUUACCUCGAGAUUCGAGUUCUGGAGAUAGAUCACAACAUAGUGAACGGGGAAGACCGUUGAGAGAUAAUAAAGGAAAAUUAUAUGAAUACUCAUCCAGAGCAACACCACAUAAAUGGGCGUCAUCGCGGCGUGUAGUUGACAUAGACGAUCCGGACUGGGAGGAGGUUGAAAAGAAACUGGACCGAGCAUGGUACAACAUGGGAGAAGGAGAAACAGACGAAUCAGAUCCAUUCGCUGGAACAAGUUCGGAAUACAUAGCGCGUAAAGAGGAACAGAUUGAAAAGCGUCGCAACCGCAAAGUGUCAGCUGCAAGACAGCAGAUUGACAGAGACAAUGAGCUAUGGGAACGCAACAGGAUGCUGACCAGCGGUGUGGUGCAUGCUGUUAAUCUCAAUAGUGAUAUGGAUGAGGAAAGUGUUGACCGUGUACAUCUAUUGGUACAUAACAUAGUACCACCAUUCCUUGACGGCAGGAUUGUGUUCACCAAACAACCGGAGCCUGUUAUACCGGUGAAAGAUCCGACAUCAGACAUGGCGAUCAAUGCACGUAAAGGUUCAGCUCUGGUGAAAGCAUUCAGAGAACAGAAAGAGAGGAAGAGAGCGCAGAAGAAACAUUGGAAAUUGGAAGGCACUAAAAUUGGUAACAUAAUGGGCAUACAGAAAGAGAAAGAAGAGAUAGACGAUGGUCCGACAAGACAGGCCUACAAAUAUGCUGAACAUAUGGAUAAAGAAGGACAGGAGCCGGAAUCUAAGUCGGAUUUCGUGAAGAAGAAGACUAUAGGUGAGCAGCGCCGCUACCUGCCCGUGUUCGCGGUGCGCGAGGACCUCAUGCAGGUCAUCAGGGAGAAUAGUGUCAUCAUCAUUGUCGGAGAGACGGGCAGCGGGAAGACGACGCAGCUGACGCAGUACCUGCACGAGGAGGGGUACAGCGCGCGCGGGACUGUGGGCUGCACGCAGCCGCGCCGCGUCGCCGCCAUGUCCGUCGCUAAACGAGUCGCCGACGAGAUGGGAUGCAAACUGGGCGAGGAGGUGGGUUACGCGAUCCGUUUCGAGGACUGCACCUCACCCAAGACUGUGAUCAAGUACAUGACGGACGGCAUCCUGCUGCGUGAGGGUCUCAGGGAGCCCGACCUGGACAACUACUGCGCCAUCAUCAUGGACGAGGCUCACGAACGCUCCCUUUCUACUGAUAUGCUGUUUGGACUGCUAAGAGAGGUAAGUCAUAGCUUAAACUCCCUUUUCUACCAGCAAGCGGUUUAG